AUGGAGGUAAAGUCUCGGUAUGACGUCCUCUGCAAAGUCAAAUCUCGACUCUCGCGUGUCUGCAAAUCCCCAGCGUGUCACUCGGAGUCACAGUCACGCAAGGUACGACAGGCACAGAGUGACUCAAAGUCAAAAAACAACAACUCCAAGCAGCCUCUCGUGAUGCAGCCGUCUGGAGCAAGUGGCUCCUUCGAGAAGGAGAAGUUGUAA